CUUAACUUCAGAUAUAUCUUUUCAAACAAAAAAAUACAUAGCUCAGGAUUUUUUCUUGUCUAGGCUGACAAGAAAAAAUGGCUGAACAGCCGAUGAAACCAGUGGCCUCUUUUCUUCUACUCCUCAAUUUCUGCAUGUACGCCAUUGUUCUCGGAAUUGGAGCAUGGUCCAUGAACAAAGCUAUCAGCCAUGGCUUCCCUAUUGGUGCGGAUUUCAGCCUUCCCGUUCAUUUCUCGCCAAUAUAUUUUCCGAUGGGAAAUGCGGCCACCGGAUUCUUUGUGAUGUUUGCUCUAAUUGCCGGAGUUGCUGGAGCUGCCUCUGUUAUCUCCGGUGUUAGUCAUCUCCAGUCUUGGACUCCAGCGAGUCUUCCAGCAGCUGUCUCUGCCGCCACCAUUGCUUGGUCGCUUACAGUUUUAGCCAUGGGAUUUGGAUGCAAGGAAAUUGAACUUGGGAUGAGAAAUGCUCGUUUGAGGACAAUGGAGGCAUUUCUAAUAAUACUUUCGGCGACACAACUUCUCUAUAUCGCUGCUAUAUACGGAGUUCGAAAGUAAAUCGAAGAAUUAUAACGGAUUUCUUUUCUUUUCAUUUAUUUGUUCUGUAAUUUAUAUAUUCGUAUCCAAUUUGCUUAUUUGAAGAUUGUGUAUUAUAUUUGUUUGGUUUGGAUUAUUUGAUUGGAUUUACUUAUAUUAUGUGUGUGUUUGAUUACAAAAGAUUUUGUGCAUGGUUUAAACGUGAAUAAAUGCAUUCCAUAAUCA